GCGACGCGGGCCCCGCGGGGGCGGCGCGUGGAUGGAUCCGCGCGUGGCCUGGAUCCAGCCGGAGCAGAAGGGGCCGGCCAAUGCCCUGUGGAUGCAGAUCUGGGAGACCUCGCAGGGCGUGGGCCGUGGCGGCUCCGGCUUCGCGUCCUACUUCUGCCUCAACUCGCCGGCGCUGGACACCGCAGCCGCGCCCGGGGCGGCGGGGCGCGCAGCACCAGCAGCAGGAGGCCCGGGGCCGGCGCCCGCCGCCUCGUCCCCGCCGCCGGCGCCCGGCCCCGCCGCGCUGCCCCCGGCGCUGCUUACCGCGCUAGGGCCCGCGGCGGACGGCGCAAGGCGCUUGCACAAGUCCCCGUCGCUGUCGUCGUCGUCGUCGUCCUCGUCGUCUUCCAACGCCGAGUCGGGCACCGAGAGUCCCGGCUGCUCGUCGUCGUCCUCCAGCAGCACCUCGCUCGGCCGCGCCGGCAGCGGCCGCACCUUCUUCAGCUUCGCCGACGGUGCUGCCCACGCACACCCGGGCCCACGCGGCCCCACGCCCGCCGGCUCGCCGCCGCAGCACCAGUUCCACCCGGGCCGGCGGAAACGCGAGAACAAGGCCAGCACGUAUGGCCUCAACUACCUGCUGUCGGGCAGCCGCGCGGCCACGCUGAGCGGAGGGGGCGGCCCCGGGGCCCAGGCGGCGCGGCCCGGCACGCCGUGGAAGAGCCGCGCGUACAGCCCAGGCAUCCAGGGACUUCAUGAGGAGAUAAUCGACUUUUAUAACUUCAUGUCCCCUUGUCCUGAAGAAGCAGCCAUGAGAAGGGAGGUGGUGAAACGGAUCGAAACUGUGGUGAAAGAUCUCUGGCCCACAGCUGAUGUGCAGAUAUUUGGCAGCUUUAGUACAGGCCUCUAUCUUCCAACAAGUGACAUAGACCUGGUUGUCUUUGGAAAGUGGGAACGCCCUCCAUUACAGUUGUUGGAACAAGCCCUCCGGAAGCACAACGUGGCUGAGCCGUGCUCCAUCAAAGUUCUUGACAAAGCUACAGUGCCCAUCAUAAAGCUCACAGAUCAGGAGACUGAAGUUAAAGUCGACAUCAGCUUUAACAUGGAGACUGGCGUGCGGGCGGCAGAGUUCAUCAAGAAUUACAUGAAGAAGUACUCGCUACUGCCAUACUUGAUUUUAGUGUUGAAACAGUUCCUGCUACAGAGGGACCUGAAUGAAGUCUUCACAGGCGGGAUCAGCUCCUACAGCCUCAUCUUAAUGGCCAUCAGCUUUCUGCAGUUACAUCCAAGAAUCGAUGCCCGGAGAGCUGAUGAAAACCUGGGAAUGCUUCUUGUAGAAUUUUUUGAACUUUAUGGAAGAAAUUUUAAUUACUUAAAAACUGGUAUUAGAAUAAAAGAAGGAGGUGCCUAUAUCGCCAAAGAAGAGAUCAUGAAAGCCAUGACCAGUGGGUACCGACCAUCGAUGCUGUGCAUUGAGGACCCCUUACUGCCUGGAAACGAUGUUGGGCGGAGUUCCUAUGGGGCCAUGCAGGUGAAGCAGGUGUUUGACUACGCUUACAUUGUGCUCAGCCACGCUGUGUCACCGCUCGCCAGAUCUUACCCCAACAGGGAUUCUGAAAGUACUUUAGGAAGAAUCAUCAAAGUCACCCAGGAAGUGAUCGACUACCGGAGGUGGAUCAAAGAAAAGUGGGGUAGCAGAAUCCUCCCGUCUCCAGACCUUGGUGAGAGACUGACAGUGGACUCCGACACGCCGCCCUGCACCACACCCAGUGUUUACCAGUUCAGCCUGCAAGCACCCACUACCCUGAUGGCCAACCUGCCCACAGCCUUGCCAAUGCCCAGCAGCAAACCCCAGCCUGCUGCUUCCAGAACGUUGAUCAUGACAACAAACAACCAGACCAGGGUUACUAUCCCUCCACCAACCCUCGGAGUCGCCCCUGUUCCUUGCAGACAGGCUGGUGUCGACGGAACCACAUCUUUGAAGGCUGUUCACAGUGUAACUUCCCCAGCCAUUCCCUCGGGAUCCCCCAACCCACUGUCUAGUCCUCAUCUAUAUCACAAGCAGCACAAUGGCAUGAAACUGUCCAUGAAAGGCUCCCACAACCACACUCAGGGUGGCGGCUACAGCUCUGUGGGCAGUGGAGCUGUGAGGCCUCCUGUAGGCAACCGAGGACAUCAUCAGUACAACCGCACUGGCUGGAGAAGAAAAAAGCACGCACAUACAAGGGACAGCCUGCCCGUGAGUCUCAGCAGAUAAUAGUCCUGACUGACUGCCCACAGGCCUCGCUCGGGCACCACAGGGGAGCCGAGACCAGCAUCCAGCACCUCCACCGCUGUCUGCCGAGCGCAGCCCAGCACUGGUCACUCUGCAUGUUUGUGUGGUGGCCGCAUCCAUCUUACAGAACAGCUCCUUGUGCUCAUCUGUGAAGCCUUACUACAUGUGGAUGUGCGUCUGCCUGCCUAGAAGUCUUCAUCCGUGCCCAGCAGGGCGGCCUAGGAGUGUCAGGGACUGGAUGUGCAGCCGGGUCAGCUAGGUGUCCAUUUGGGGUUCUCAUCGUGUCUGUCACAGGCAGAGACGCCAAGCCCUGCUCCAUGUCUUCUGACGGAGUGGGCAGGCUGCUGUUUUACUGCCCUCAUGUCUUGUUUGAAAAUUUGGGACUGUUUUUCUAUGUAAAUAUUGAAAACUUAUGAUUUGUGCAAUAACUCAGAUAUUUUUUAUUUAAUUUCAUAUUUUCACAUAAGUUAUAUUUAAGGGAGGAGGGAAUUUUUUUUUAAACACACUUAAAUCCUUUCCCAAUUUGCAUUUUCUAAGUUGGGUUCCUCGUGUUGGCUGGUUAUCUGAUAGCAUCCUGACAUGAACACCNUGAGGAGGGAGGGGCCUGUGGGCUUUGUUUUUAUGUCUUUUCUUUUGGUCAGAUGCAGUGAAGGAGCCAAGUCAACCUGAUGGUUCUGUGAGGCCAGUGUGUACCUGGCAGCCUGACUGUCGGCCUUGGGCCGUUGUCCUCUCUGACCACGAGUUCUGACAUUUUGGUUUGGGUUUUUAAAAACUAGACACCAAAUCCAGCAUUUAAAGUGCCAGAAGUAAGAACCUCUAAGGGGAGAAGAGGUUGUCAUGUCGCAUAAAUCGUAAAGAAUUGUGACUCUGGGCGUGCUUCGGUCAUUAAGUGACGUGGUCUAGAGUCACGGGCCUGGUGAGUAUCGUUACAGACAAUGGCACCCAGAUUUAGGAAUGUGGAGAAAGGGAUUUUGUUGAUUCCAUUGAGGAAUCUGCAUAGGUAUGCACUCGUUCUGUUAAGAGCAAAUAUCUGAAAAGGACCUCCGCUGUCCAGGCACAUGGGGGUAUUUUAAUGUAUCACAGGAGAGCACAGCCCCAGUGUGGGCCCCGGAGCGGCUGGUGCCUGGCGUCAGAAGCAUACAGGUAUACUAUGCAAGUGUAUUCUGCCACAACCACUGUCUUUGUUACUUUUUUUGAACAAGAAUCCAUCCAUUGCCUGACCCUCAUUGUCAAGCACCACAGUAGUCCUGGAGUGCUUGCAGUUGUAGGCCCUCCGACUUCCGCUUCUAAAAUGGGGGUCUGGACCUGCUGCACACCACAGGCAGGUUGCUUCUUGUCCACCAGUACAGAGUGUCAAGCCGAGUGCUGUGCCACCUGAUUGACAUGCAGCAGUGGGAAUUCUGAAUGGAUGUCUGAGUGACAUUGGACACCUCGCCAAGGACAAGCUCUGUGUGUCUGGGUCUGCCUCCUGCUGCCAUGGUGAGGCUGUUGACUCUGGGAGGCAUUCCAGAGCAGAGGAGCACAUGGGUCUGCAGCUCAUGAGGAUUGGAGUCAUCCAGAAUAUUUAAAAUUAUUUAAAUUGUGAAGCCUGUUGCUAAAGAAUAUUUAUGAACACUGGUCCAUAGCCUGUACUAAUUUACACAUUAGCAAUAUUGACUGUAUCUGCAUUAAGGAGCCACCGUGGGGCCGUUCGAGUGACCCGCAGAUGUGCGUUUUAAAGUUCUGUCAUCCACAGGCACAGGUAUGUGUCCAUCCCCGUCAUGGUGAACCAGAUGAAUUGGCCUGGCGACCACUGUGGCCAUAUGCUACAGUUUACAAAAUGAUACCAUGUUUAAAUUUUCUGUGCGGACAACAAUGUGGACACUAAAAUUAACAUAUUUUUAUGUAAAGUUUUUCUAUUCUUUGAUCUUUAAUAAACUUUAGAUGCUAGAUACUUUUCCUCUGAA